AAUAAUAAUAAUGAUGUGUGAUCACUGAGGAAAGUAAAAUCUGAAAUGCCUGACCUUUAACGUGUUUUUGUGUUUAGAUGCGUUAUUACAGAGCGAACCAGGCCAUCAUGGACAAGGCGUCCAUGCUGUACAACCGCUUCAAGAACGCCUUCCUGUUGGGGGAGGGGGAGGAGGUGGUGAGCGCCGCCUUCCUGCGCUCGCUGCUGGAGGAGAAGGAGAAGGAGGAGGCCGAGCGGGCGGAGCGCUCUGUGGAGAGGCUGAAGAGGGAGGAGGUGCUGCAGGAGGUGAAGAGACGCAUGGAGCAGGUGAAGGAGAGGAGGAGCAGUGACAGAGGAGCAGAGGAGGAGGAGGACAAAACACAAACUGCAGUGGACUGUCCCUGACGGUUCAGUGCUCCUGAAGCAGCUCGGACUGAACCAUCUCAAACCUGAGGGGGGUGUGGACCAAAAACAGCUUACUGAGAACUUCCACAACCACAUUUACCUCAUCUCACACACACACACACACACACACACACACACACACACACACACACACCUGUGUAUUACCUGUACAUUACCUGUACAGCUCUUAAUUAUUUAUUUCCUGUUGUUAAUUAAAGGGUGUUGUCAUUUUUGAAUUAACACAGUUUGCAUUACAUUAACCCGAGCAUUAAGUCCAACUUUUUUUUUAAUCUUUAACUUGUCUUUUUAAGCUAAUUUUAAAUAUUUUGACUUUUUUUUAAUAAUUUGGGCAAACUGUACCACGGUUACCUAAAUCUACCUCCGUUGACUGUCAUCUGUAAUGAGGAGAGGGUGCAUUGUCCUUCAGUUUUUUGCUUUUUAAAACGUUGGGGCAACAGUGUUUACGGGGACAUUUGGACCUUGUAAACCUGUUAAAAAUUUGGUGUAAACUUUAACUGUUGUCUCUAGUUUUUUUAAGUGAAACAUACCUUUAUUCUGCCUCUGCUAACUGGUGUGUUGUGCAGAGAAGGUGUGUUGUCCCUCAGUUUGUGUUUCUGUUUUGUUUUUUUUAAGUUUGGGGAAUAGUACUUACGGGGACAUUUGGUCCUCGUAAAGCUGUGUAAAAUCUGGUGUGAAUUUCUCAUUUUUAUUAUUAAUCCUCUGUUUUAUUUUAAAAGUUUUUUCAUUGCUAAAUACUCUGCAAAUAAAUGUAGAAAAAAAAUAGUAUAAAAUAGUAAAAAAUUCGGUCGCGUAGGGCUGUCAGUGUGACGGGGCUGAUGGGAAAUGUGGUUUUAUUUUGAAUGUUUUUUUAAUUUUUAAGUUUAUUUCAGAUAAACAACAUUCACAGCAGCCCGAAAUUAAAGCAUUAAACGUCCCUAUUGACAUUCACCAAAACCUGAUUUUCUAACACUUUAUACAACAAGAUAUUUUAUUGUGUAUUUUUAUUGUGACGCAGUGAGAUGUUUUAAUUCUUUUUUUUAUAAGUGUUUUUUUUAUUUUUGUGCAGUUGUUACAGAUGUUUUCUUGAUGGCUGUUUCUCUGUGACAUAAAAAUA